UGAAGCUGAAGGGCAGUGGGGAGUUUGGGCUGGAGGCACAGGAUCCCACCAGCCCUCACAGUUCUGUCACAUCGUCAGUAACCUCAGCAACACGGUACUACGAGGCCCUUCAUUAUCUCGUCCUAACACUCCCUCCAUCCCGCGAGCUGAGGACCGGAGGUCGCAUCCCGGGAUUCCAGUGAAGGGGAAUCUCCCCCCCACCCUGCCCCCUUCCCUGCGGUCAUGGCCAUGACGGGGCCCGGGAGGAGACCGGGAAACCAAGUGGGGAUAGCGCAGUUUGGGGAGGCCCCGGAGAGCCCCGGAGGUCCGGGCGCAGAGGGGGAAGAGCGUCAGGCUGGGGCGGGACUGGAGCCCGAGUUGGAGCCGGAGCCGGAACCCGAGCCCGAGCCCGAGCCGGAGCUGGAGGAAGAGCUGCCCAAGGACGAGGAACAGUUGGAGGCGCCGCGGGGUCCCCGCCCCCCGCCGCCCGUCCCGCCUCUGCGGGCCAGCCACGGGCUCAAGAGGAAGCCGGUCAAGGUGGAGGCCGAGCUGCAGCUGCAGCACACUGACCUGAGAAGGCCACCCUUGAGAAAGGAGGAAUCUGAUGGACCCCAAGGAGAGCCCUCCCCACCUGCCAAACAGCACAAGAAGGCCAAGAAGCGCAAGAGCCUUGGGGUGCCUCCCCCUUUGGCUACCGCCGCCCUGGUACCCGCCCCAACAGAAACCCUCGGGCUGGAGAGGAAAGCUCAGCGCCUUCGGCCCCUGUAUCAGUACAUCAACUACAGCAACCCCGAGUUGAACCAGGCUGGGGAGGGGGAAGCUGAGGUCGAAGUGGAGCCAGGCUUGGUCCCAGACGAGGCAUCUGGAGGCCCAGAGGAGGCUAGGGUGGAGAGGCCACAGGCCUCACCCCUGGGAGAGGAGGGAGGAGAGGAGCCUGUGCCCAUCCUGAGCUUUACUACUGGGAGUCAGCUGAAGGCUGAGGUGGACAAGUCGACCCAGGUGGAUAUCGACAAGAUGCUGAGCGUGUGUGCCGCUCACCUGGUUCCCCCGCUUUCCCCCCAGUAUAAGUGACAGAAGCUCAGCCACCCCUCUGGCUCAGGCUGCAGUGGUCCAACUCACAGCAGCAGGCUCUGAAAGAGGAGCACUUGGCUGAGAGACUUUUUUAUUGGCCAGAAGGGCCAAGGGGCGAUAUCAUGUCUCUACCUAAAUACCCUCACGCCUCCUGUUCCACGGUGGUAUUACUGGAUGAAAGCUUUCUUAGCAAUAAACAUUUUUGGUAAUUUUU